UUUCCCUUCCAAGGGGUGGGUUAUUGGGAGGUUUCCAAGCUGCUGGCUGGGGUUCCAGGUGUCUGGUAAGGGCCCUGUGAGCUGUGCCCAGCUCCCGAAGCGAGGGCGGAGAGAUGAUGCCAGGGCCUCUGGUCCGGGGCUGGCCAGAGCUCAAGGGCGGGCUGGCAGUGAAGCCUGGAGUUUGGAGGAGAGAGUGGGGACUGCCCCUUCCAGCGCCGGUGUCGUGAGGGAUCCGCAGAGUGGGCCCCGGGCUGCUGAAGAUCCCGGCAGGGCAGGCCGGGACUUAGCGCUGACUGGAAGGGGUCCCCGCCCCGCGUCAGCCUCGACGGACCCCGUACUCACGUGUCCCCAUCUUCGGAGAUGCUAGAGCAAAAAUACAGUCAGAAACUCCAGACCAGACUACUUGGGCUUUCAUCUGGCACUACCACAUCCCCAUCUUAAAGUCUGGAAGCUGAAAUCCAGAGAGGCCUAAGGAGUUGGGGCAUCUGAAACCACUGCAAAGACACAAGAACUUGGACAGAUGCAGACAGAGGCUGAAUUUGGGGAAAAAGCUAUCCCAAUUCAGUCCUACCUCUGGCUCAACUCUAACAGGUGUGUAGCAGCCCCUUUUCUGGCCACAUGAGGUCAGCAUUGAGUCACUCACCGCUUCCAGCACCUUGCCUGCAGUCCGACUGGAAGCCUUCCUGGGGACACUUCAGAAUGAGGAGAGGGACCACUUGGAAAGAUGACACGAGGACUCUGACUCAGGCCUCACCGUGGCCAGGGCCCUGACUUUGCUCCUUGGCCCCAUCCAGUCCUCCUCUCUCCGCUGUUAUCUUUUGGUUCCAUUUGUAGUACCCCCACUCCCAGCUUCCACCCACCCCAGUUAGGCUCAUCUUCAGGAAACAGGCCCGGUUGCCAUGGUGACCAGCUGGUCAGCUGGCUCCUUCCUCCCCUCUCCCUUCACCCCUCUUUCCUCUGAGCUUCCAAGGAAGGGUUCUGUGUGAAUGGAGAAGUGUGUGGGUGUGGGGGGGGCAGUUUGUCAGGGGUCUUUUAUCUCUUGGAAGCUCUGGGGCUGGCCAAAGGAGUUGGGCCCAGCUCUCCUCCAAAGCCCCCUGCAGUGGAUGGGGACAAGGAGUGAGAUUACAACUAAAUGUGGAGCGUGAGCCUCCUAUCUGGGUUAGGAAAGGGCAAGGCUAGGAACUCUGCACUCUUGUCUGUGGUGAGGGCUGAACUAGGUGGACCUGGCUGAGUGAGACCAGAAGAGGGGUUGGAGUUAGAUGUGAGGUAGGACUUCCCAUAAAGCCUGGAUAGGAGACACUGGAGUGAGCCACCAAGUGAGAUUCCUCCUCUGCCAAGGGAAUGAGGGAGAGGCCAGCCUCUUUAGGACCACACCCUUCCUCUGUUUGGGAGGAUUUACCGAUGGACUGGUGGUGGAGGAUCAUGCAGGCUGGAAUAGUUCUGAAGCACCUUGCCUGCAAAGAGAAGACUAGAAGCAGGACCAGGAGUGAGUGUGUAUGGGAUGGGGGUGGGGGGACAGAGGCAGUGGCUAUUCAGCCUCAGGUGAGGGGCAGGACCAUCCCAUCAGCUGAGUGCUCUUGUCCCCUGUCCCAAAGACCAGAUUAUCCAAAGUUUCCCUUAAACUACCUUCCUGCCCACAAAUAGCACCACGGCCUUUGGAAUGGGAAAGAUCUGGAUUCUAGGACUAGCUGUGUGAGUACUAGCAGGUGACCUUGAGUAAGUCACUCAUCCUCCCUCUACUUUGGUUCCUUGUGGGUAAAUGGGAGAGCAGUUAUAUGUGUUGAAGACUCUAAGGUAGCACAGGGCAGGGUAGGAUUCCAUAGUGACUGUGCACACACAGAUUGAAUACACAUAGCCUUUAUACUGUUUUAUGCUAAUGAUUGGUACCCCUCCCCAUGAGACUUUGUGGUCUUUUAGGGUAGGAUAUUGUAUGUUUCAUUCCUGAAUAGGGUAUACACUAGGUACCUAAUACCUGUUUAUUGAAGGGAUACAUCCGGGAGUGAAUGAAGGAAUAAAUGUGUCUUCUUUCAGCCUGUCCCAGGCAGUACAUAGGGAAAAGCAGUGUGGGUGGAUGGUAGCAAGGGGUAGGCGAACUUGCAGUCACUCCGCUUGGCCCGGGGUCUAUGAUUUUUGCCUCCUACACCCACAGAAGGUGGUCAGAGCCUUAGAGAUUCUCCAGGCAACUUCCUCACUCCACAGAGCCUUAGAGAUGCAGUCAACUCCUUCAAUGCACAGAUGAGAAGCUAAGGCUUAGAGAGGGGAAGGCACUUGCCCAAGGUCACACAACCUCUUAAUGGCAGAGCCAGGAUUAAGAAUUAGAACUCAGGCCUCCUGAUCUCCAGCCGAGGGCAAUGUACAUGCUUCACUGCUUCUUUGGGGCUGUUCUUCUAGGGAAGGAAGAUGGCUUUGUGAAGCCUGGUUCCAACGUCCUCCCCUCUGCCCUCUGCCAGUCCUUUCUCACAUCUAGCUCCAAUCCUUUUCCCUUUCACCAGAUUCCAUCUCUGUUCACUUGGAGUCUGGCCUCUGAAGGCUGGCUCCUGCAUUAACCCAUUACCACCCAACUGGGAAUAAGGAUCUUCCCUGGGGUUCUCCAGGGUUCAAUUUCCUCUCCCCACCCUUGGCCCCAGGAACUUGCCGGAACCAAGGAUGGGGAGGGAUGUUGGCUGAGCCGCUGGCGCCCCCUCCGCGGAGUAGGGACUGAGAGGAGUUGCGGCCCAGAUCUUCCCAGGAUGGGGGGGCGGUGGUGCGGUGAGCAGGGCUGGGAGUGGGGAAGGGGUGCGGGGAGCCCCUGUUGCUUCUCCUCUUUGGGGGGUGGCUAUUAGGUAGGCUUGGGGAAGGCGGAGUUUGGGGGGCCGGGGGCGGGGCUCCAGCGCUGGGAGGAAGAGGGGGGGCGCGCUGGCUCCAGCUCGGCUCAGACAAAAGGCGGCGGCGGGAGCGGGCGGGAGGCGGAGCGGCGCCGCGAGGGCCUCAAGGUGACACCCGCCCCCGGCCCCGGCCCCCCCGGCCCGGCCCCUAGCCCGCCUCCCCACCCCCAGCCCCGAGCCCCCUACCCCCGGUGCCCUUUCCAGGCCCCCUCCCCCCCGGCGGGGGGUGGGGAGCAGCGAGGGCCCCGCCCCCUCCCGCCCCCUCCCCAGGGCCGGCGCAGGAUGCCCUCGGCCCCCGGCAGCCCCCCGGGAAGCCCUGAGCUCGACGCACCCCCUCUACGCCAUGUCCCCCCCUGGCUCGGCCGCGGGAGAGAGCGCCGGCGGCGGCGGCGGCGGUGGCGGCCCCGGGGUCCCGGAAGAGCCCACGGCGGCGGCAGCGGCGGACGAGGGCCCCGCCCGAGAGGAGCAGCGUCCCAUCCAGCCCUCUUUCACCAAGUCCCUCUGCCGUGAGUCCCACUGGAAGUGCCUGCUGCUCUCGCUGCUCAUGUACGGCUGUCUGGGGGCUGUGGCCUGGUGCCACGUAACCACGGUGACCCGCCUCACCUUCAGCAGCGCCUACCAGGGCAACAGCCUCAUGUACCACGACAGCCCCUGCUCCAACGGCUAUGUCUACAUCCCCCUGGCCUUCCUGCUCAUGCUGUACGCCGUCUACCUGGUGGAGUGUUGGCAUUGCCAAGCCCGCCAUGAGCUGCAGCACCGUGUUGAUGUGAGCAGCGUGCGGGAGCGUGUGGGCCGCAUGCAGCAGGCCACGCCCUGUAUCUGGUGGAAGGCCAUCAGCUACCACUAUGUCCGCCGCACCCGCCAGGUCACCCGAUACCGCAAUGGAGACGCCUACACCACCACCCAGGUCUACCAUGAGCGCGUCAACACGCACGUGGCGGAGGCCGAGUUCGACUACGCGCGCUGCGGCGUCCGCGACGUGUCCAAGGCGCUGGUGGGGCUGGAGGGCGCGCCGGCCACGCGCCUGCGCUUCACCAAGUGCUUCAGCUUCGCCAGCGUGGAGGCCGAGAACGCCUACCUGUGCCAGCGCGCGCGCUUCUUCGCCGAGAACGAGGGCCUGGACGACUACAUGGAGGCGCGCGAGGGCAUGCACCUCAAGAACGUGGACUUCCGCGAGUUCAUGGUGGCCUUCCCGGACCCCGCGCGGCCGCCCUGGUACGCCUGCUCGUCGGCCUUCUGGGCCGCGGCGCUGCUCACGCUGUCGUGGCCGCUGCGCGUGCUGGCCGAGUACCGCACGGCCUACGCGCACUACCACGUGGAGAAGCUCUUCGGCCUGGAGGGCCCGGGCUCGGCGAGCAGCGCGGGCGGCGGCCUGAGCCCCAGCGACGAGCUGCUGCCGCCGCUCACGCACCGCCUGCCGCGGGUCAACACGGUGGACAGCACGGAGCUCGAGUGGCACAUCCGCUCCAACCAGCAGCUGGUGCCCAGCUACUCGGAGGCGGUGCUCAUGGACCUGGCGGGGCUGGGGGCGCGCUGCGCGGGGGCGGCGGGCGGCGGCUACGGGCCGGCGUGCCGCUACGGCGGGGUGGGCGGCCCGGGCGCGGGCGCGGCGGGCGCGGCCCCCUACCGGCGCAGCUGCGAGCACUGCCAGCGCGCCGUCAGCAGCUCGUCCAUCUUCUCGCGCAGCGCGCUCAGCAUUUGCGCCAGCCCGCGGGCCGGCCCGGGGCCGGGGGGCGGCCCGGGCUGCGGGGGCAGCCGCUUCUCGCUCGGCCGCCUCUACGGCUCGCGGCGCAGCUGCCUGUGGCGCAGCCGGAGCGGGAGCGUCAACGAGGCGAGCUGCCCCACCGAGCAGACGCGCCUGUCGAGCCAGGCCAGCAUGGGGGACGACGAGGACGACGAGGAGGAGGAGGCCGGGCCGCCGCCGCCCUACCACGACGCCCUCUACUUCCCGGUGCUCAUCGUGCACCGGCAAGAGGGGUGCCUGGGCCACAGCCACCGGCCGCUGCACCGCCACGGCUCCUGCGUCGAGACCUCACUGUGACCUCGGCCCGGCCCGGGCCUGCCCGCCGGCCUCCCUCCCGCCCCUCGCCAGGCUGUGCUCCUCGCGUGUAGCGGGGGAGUCGUGAUGCUGACUGAGGCUGUGCUGGGCGCUGUGCUGGGCACGGCGCGGGGCGGCCCCGUGGGCUCCGGACCCCCGCCUUUCCUGUACAAAAAGAGACCGGCGACGGCGACGGCGACGGCGACGGCUGGGAAGGGGAGUGGCGGCUCCGGAGAGCCCCGCCCGGGCCCGGUGGGCUCUUCCACCCCGCCCCUGCGUUUCUAGGGGGCGCCUCCCUUUCCGACACGCACACUCGAGAUUUCCCGUCCAGCCUUUCAGUGGAUCUUCUGACUGUUAGUGGCGACUGUUCUGUGGCACCGCGUGGGGCCCGUCUCCAGGGCGAGGCCUUCCCUGUGCAGCUGGGGAGGUUUCGAGGCGCGGGGAAGGGAGAUUGGAGCUUUCCUUCCACCGCUGCCUGGCCCCACCGGGGCCUCUCUCUACUGAGGGGGUGGUGGUUUGGUGAACACCAGGGCUGGCUUCCAAGCAGCUAAUGAAUUCAGUGGGUCUGAGGCCGGGGCCAGAUGUCAGCCUCGAUGCUCCAGCUCAAAACCGUGCAAAUGUUGCUAUUCUCUUCUUGGCGCUGGCCCCAAACAUCGGGGUUUCCUUUCUGCCCCUCCCUCCACCGCUGUUUAUCUUGCUGGGUCCCUGGAGUGUGGGUCCUGGAGGGACUGUGCUCACACCACAGCCGUCACUCUGCUCCCUUCCCUCUUGCUCUCUGGCCCCAAGGAGCAGUUGCCCAGGGGGGAGGGAGGCAAAAUGUGGAGGGGAUGUGUCUCAAUCCUGUCUCUGAACUCUGCAGCCUCCGGGCAGCAGCGACCUAACCCGGACUCUGGGAGGGCUCGCCCUUCAGAGGGGGGUGCGAUACUCCCCAGGGCACCUUCAUUAAAGCUGGUCAUGGUGAAUGGGUGGAAAGAGGGGGAGACAGACCCGGGUGACAAAGGGGAGCUCUCACGGCCGGUGGGAGUCAAAAGAGGAGAGGGCAGCAGAGGGAGACUGAAAGGACUUCCAAAGGUGGGGGGUUGUCUGGGGCGACUCUUGCCUUCCCCAGACUUGUGGGAGGUGGUGUGAAGAGCGGUUGUCCCCACACAUUAUCUCUGCAGGGCUGAGAAUGUGCUCACAAGCCCCAGCUGGAGAAAUACUCAAUUCCAGUGGCAGGGUCCGAGGCAGGAAUUCUACAAAUCUUGCCUGACCCCGGUGUCGUCCCCUAUCCCAUGAGCUGAAGCCCUGCAGUGUAUCCCAGGGUCUUCAAAGGGGCACCCUGCCACCACCCAAGGGCACUGGCCCCAUGUCCUGUUCUCGUAAAGCUCUGACACCGCCUUUUCUCCCCCACCAGUCCCACCCUGAUGCGCUUCAGUGUGCAUGUCUGUGUACAACCAACCCCCUGCCCUCUCAACUCCCCUGGCUAAAGUUUUCCCAGCAGACUCAGUGCCCAGGGAUUGAGCUCACAUUUCAAGCUGGAGAGGAUCACCCUUGGGCCGUCAAAAUCACUCACCCCUGAUGCUCCUCACUUUGCCUGAGCCUUCAGAGCUCCUCCUUCCCCUCCUUCAGCCUCCUCGCCCAUCCUCCUUCAGCCUAGCCAGGACUACACCUGCCAAGGGCAUGACUGCCACCUAUGCAACAUCUUCUCUGGCUUUCCUUCCCCCUUCCCUGGGGGGCUUAGGACGUACAGACUGUGGGGACACCAUGGCCCAUUGGGGUUGAGCUUUACUUUCCCUGUGGCGAUGGCAGAGUGGGAAAGGCAGAGGCGGCCAGGGAAGGGGUGGCUUGGGCCGGAGGGAAUGGCUGCCCACUAGGUUUCCCUGGGCAGCGGUGGCCACCUGCCUGCCAGCACGAAACCUGCCUGGCCCCUGAGUCUGUGCCCCUUGGGGGCCUGGCAGUUGGAGCACCUCUCUUUUUGAAUGGACAUCUGUGAGGUACAGGUGGUGAGCUGUGGCCGCAGGCCCCGGUUCUUCGCCAGCUGGCACCUGGAUGUCGUGCCCUUGUGUGAAGGCAGCCCAGCCACUUCACGACUCCAAGGAGGGAGGGACUCCGCUCCUUCUCCCUCAGGUCCAUUCCUGACACAGAACCUGAGCUAGGAGGAGGGGACAGGGCGGGGGGGGGGGGCUAUUAUUAUUUUUGCCUGUAUUGACUGUGUCUGCCUAGGUCUUAACACAGACGGCCUCACCUUCCACACAUGCACAGACUUAGAGAGAAACCAAUUCUUUGGUCUAUUUUCUUGGUAGCUUUAUUGAUUGCCAGGGAAAACAAAAACCAGAAAAUUAAUUAAUCUCUAAAAUUAAACUUUACACUGAAUGUUCUUGUUUCUCUAAUUAGAACCUCUGCUAGCAGCUGUGGCUAUGUACACACACUCACACACACCCUCACAUCUACACGUUUGCACUCCAGAACUGUCAGAGGGUGUCAGGCACAAGACAGACUUUAGGUUGCCCAGACAGGCACACAAGUGCAGUCACUCCCAAGCCCCCUUUGGUGCUCUGCUCAGCGCUGCUUGUUGGAAGGAGUCCCUGAAAAGCAGGCACCCCCAGGCUGUGGCUGCAGCCCCAUGACCCAUCCUUUGGAAAGACCACAGUUCUGGAGGCUCUGGGUCUCUCAGUGGGAGGAGGAUGGAGGACAAGGCUCAGCCUGGAUCUAUCAGGUCCUCUUGUGGCCCCGUGGGCUGAUGUGGCUCCUGUGGGCAGCCGCAGAAGGACAGGGACUCAUGGAGGGCACCCGGAAGGCUCCUUUUGUGCUGGGGACAAGGGCUUGUGGGGUGGGCUGGGCCUGGAUGGGGAGAAGACAGUAUCUGUCAAUUGGGUGCAUCACACUGUGGCCUUUCUGUCGUGGAUUUCCAAGCGCAAAGAUUGUACAAAUCAAACUGGUGGAUAAUAAAGUUGCAGAUGACUCACUGA